AUGGUGCAGAAUGAUAUGAAUACCAUAUUUGUGUUGCCCAACUACCGCUUGCGCAAAGCAUACGCAACAUUAGUAUCCGUUCCCGUCAGACGUCAGUUUGGAAUCGACUUCGAACGUUCAGAUCAUCGAAUUCACCUCAUUAUGACGCGUGUAACUCUUAACAUCGGUCUAUUUGGCUGUGGUACAGUAGGUGGUGGUGUAUUUGAUCUAUUGCAUAGCCCCAUAAGACGUCAAAUGCUUCAGCAAAUGGGUGUGAAUGCACUUGUAUCUAAGAUCUGCGUCCAGAAUGUGAGCAAAGACCGGCAGUUGGUUCAUUUUUCCGCUUUGGAAACCACGAUUACGAGCAGUUAUAGUGAUAUCUUGGAGGAUGAGAGCAUUAAUUGUAUUGUAGAGCUUAUGGGUGGUAUAGAUGAUGCAAAGGAUGUGGUUUUUGGUGCAAUUAAGGCCGGUAAACACGUGAUCACGGCCAAUAAGGCACUUGUGGCGAAUUGUAUGCCAGAGAUCGUGCAGCUAUUACAGGAUCAUCCAGAUGUGCGUUUUGGCUAUGAAGCUGCAGUAGCUGGUGGUAUCCCCAUUAUUCACACACUUCAGGACGCAUACGGUAGUGACAUUAUCACUGAGAUUGCUGGUAUCAUGAAUGGCACGACGAAUUACAUGCUGUCAAAGAUGGAAACUCAAGGUGUAGCGUAUGAUGUGGUACUAAAGGAGGCACAGGAUCUAGGCUACGCAGAGGCAAACCCGAGUGCUGACGUUGAUGGCUACGAUGUACAAAGCAAGAUUGCUAUUUUGACGAAAUUGGGCUUUGGUGGCGUUGUCAAGCCAGUGGAUAUUCCGACUGUCGGCAUCUCACGCAUCUCGUCUGCUGACUUUGAAUACGCUAAAAUGAUGGACAGUACGAUCAAGUUACUUGGUGUAGCCAAAUUGCUCAAACCUAAGGAUGAAAACACGGGAACGCCCCAAGAGGUGGCAGUCUACGUGUCGCCUGUUGUUGUUAACCGCAACAACGUUAUUGCAAGCAUUAGUGGUGCAACAAAUCUGGUAAAUGUACGCUCGGACAAUUUGGGCAGCAGUGCGUACGUGGGCCCGGGUGCUGGACGUUUUCCGACUGCAAACUCCGUCAUGAACGAUAUUAUUCAGCUGGCGCGUGGCGACGCCCCACUUGACCCGUUCAAGAAAUCAUUGCCGCUAACGCUGCAGUCUGACUAUGAAGCGCACUUUUACGUGCGUAUUACAAUAACCGAUGGUCUGGGCGUUAUUCGUCACGUGGGUCAGAUUGCCGAGGAGAAUGGUGUGUCCAUCUACUCCAUUUUGCAGGCGCCGAUCGUCGACCGAGCCAAUGUUCAGUUUGUUGUCACCACAGAAACGUCGCUGUUGUCCAAGGUGCGCUUGAUGUGCCAGAAAAUCGCCGCGCUGCCGUUUGUGCAGGAGGAGCCGUUAUUCCUACCAAUAAUGUAA